CUCAUGCUCCUACCAUGAGCUGCUGUACAUAUCUCAAUGGUCUUGACAACCCGUAGCUGCAGUGCUCUCCUCGCGACCGCCCAUAGCCUUCCGUCCAUCUCAAUAUCGUCGACGUCAUCGUCUCGAGGCCAACGAGCAGGCACACGACCAGCAACAUGUCGCGUGGGCGGGUAUGCCACGCUGGCCGGUGAUGCAAGAGAUAUCGGAGAACAGCCAGAAGGGCGACAAUGGGAACACAAAUGGCCGGACGCGCCGAAAGGCCAGAAACAUCCAACGCCAUACCAGAUCUUUGACAUGAAGCAUGAUGCGAAGUACUCCAAAGCAGGAUACUACAAGCUCGUCAAGCUGUACCAUCCAGAUCUACAAGUUCAUAGUGUUGGAAGCACAAGGGGCAACAAUGAAGUCUCAAACGCAGCAAAAAUGGAGCGAUACCGGUUGAUCGUAGCUGCACAUACGAUUCUUUCAGAUCCUGUCAAACGCAGCGCAUACGACCGAUUUGGAGCUGGCUGGAACGGGAAAGCAGAAGUUGGAAAUCGAGAUACCUGGGCACAACCUUCACCUUUCCAUCCGGCUGGACCUUUCAGUCAGAGCUGGCAUGACCCAUCAGAUCCUGUGUGGCAAAAUGCUACUUGGGAAGAUUGGGAGAGAUAUCACGAUAACAAGUCAAAUCCCACGAAAAAGGCGCCUGUGUACAUGAAGAAUUCCUACUUCCUGGCUGUGGUGAUUGCGCUGGCGAUCAUGGGUAGCAGCUUAAAUGUGCAGAGAGCACAAGAGAAUGGGAAUUAUAUUGUGGAGUCUCGAGAUCUGGUGCAUGAUCGAGCAUCGAAGAAUCUGCGACAAGUGAGGAAAGAGGUGAAAGGUUUGUCGAACAGACGGGACCGAAUUGAUUUCUUCAUGCGGCAGCGCGAGGCCGCGAUGGGUGGGACCGUCAGUGAACAUCAAGCAUUGAGGGACGAGAGAGCUAGCCGGCUACUGAAAGAUCAAGAAGUCUGCUCCAGCGAGGAGGUUAGAGAACGAGGGACGUGAAACAAUGGAGACUGAGUCAUUGAUUCCUCCUACUGGGGGCCGAAAGCAUGCCAAACUUAUGGCCAUUCCCCUUCUACGGGUCAUCACUGCGGACAGCCGACCAAAAACAUGCCCAGCAUCGAUGUCGUUCGAUGUAUCCGCGCCACUGCGACCUGGAAACUUCACAGUCGCAAAGCACUGCACAUAGCAUGGCACCUCCGUGCAAGAAAGACAAAGUGAGAGAGAACAAUCGGGAAAAAGCUUAUGAUCCAGCCAACCUGUAUGAAGACGCGAGUGAAAGGACCGAGUAGGAACUUCCUGCUAGGUGUCUGCACAUUAAGAGCAGAACUAUGCAAGGAGGCAAAGCGAGGCACAGGGAAAUCAACAUUCAGUUCUUACUGAAGCACAAGGGCGGCAACGAGGCACAUGGGAUACAAUAAUUCAGUCCUCUACUGAAGCACAUGGGGAGCAAAGAGGCAAAUACGAAAGACGACGUAUAUCAAAACCAAUUGAGACAACAUUGAA